AUGGGCCGUCCGACCGACGGCACCGCUUCUGGUCGCGGCUUUGCGUACGUAACGCUCGAAGGCGCCGACGCCGCGGCGCAAAGUGCGGCGCUGCAGCAGACAUUCCACCGGACAAAGUGGCGCGGCGCGACGUUACAGGUACAAGCGGCGCGUUUGGACUUUCGCGAGAGACUCGAGCGCGAGUGGGCCGCGCAGACGCGUGCGAGCGCCCAACAGCGGGAACGACUGCAGCAGUGGAAGUGUCAUCGGGACGCGGCGGACGUGCGGCCGCUGAAGGUGGCGGUCGCGUUUCAAGGACGAAGAACGACAGAGUUUGCGGACGUGGACGGAGGUGUGGAGCUGCAGGACGUGGGAACGAGUGGGGAGGAGACAGCAGCUGUUGAGACGGACUCGGAGACUGUUGUCGAGGAGAAGGACGAAGCAGCAGAUGAAGACAGUGACGAUGGGAGCAGUGAUGAGGGGAGCAGUGGCGAGGGGGGCAGUGGCGAUGUGGGUCUGAGAGAGGACGACGUGGAGGCGUUUAUGCAGCAGUACCUCGCAGCCGAAGCAGCUGCAGGAGUGGAGAUGGCGACAAAGCAGCCGCAAAAGGAGCUGAGUCGCGAGGCGAUGAAUGCGCGACGGCUGGCAGCGCUGGAUGCCAAGCAGAAGCGGAAGAAGGAGUCGAUGGCGAUGCCUGCGAUUGGCGCGGCGCUGGGGAACAAGAAGAUUACGUUUGACGAUAGUGGCAGUGAGCAAGCGCUGAAAGCGGAUGAGGCUGAGGACGGGGCGGGCGUGACGUUGAACUGGAUGGACUCGAGCGACGAUGAAGCGGGCGGAGAUGAGUCGGAGUGGAAGACGCUCGACUUCGUGGACGGUCGUGAUAGUGGUGGGGCUACUGCUGGGGGCGAUGCGGAAGCGCAGGCUUCGUUUGCUUUGCGACCCGAGUUUGUCGGGGAAACCGGUCGGAAGCUGUUUGAGAUGCAAAAGCGCUUUGGCGGUGACGCGCGGUUUCGUCUGGACGCGCGGUUCCUGGAAGAAGAGGUCAACGAGUAUGGCGGCAAUGACGUCGAAGGGGAUGAGGACGACGAGGGACUCGAAGAGCAGGCGGUUGCUGAGCUGCAGAGGUUCCGAGAGGACGACGACUCGGAGGUGGCGGCUCGCCACGCUCGUGAAAUGCGUGAAGAACAGGAGGCCGCUUUGCGAGUAGUGGCCAAGCUGUACCCUGACGUUGACGUGACGCGCUUGCAGCGACGAAUGCAGGAGCGGCGUGUGCCCAAAGACCGUCUGAAAGAAGCCGCUUGGAUGGGCGAACUAAAGCGGUACGAUCCGCGCGACGUUCACGCGUGCCGCGAGUUUGAGAUCCCGAUGGCAGUUGCUGCAUCUGGACCUCACGAGGCGACGGCUGCACCUCAACGGUCGAAAGAGCUCCCGAAGGGCGGUGAUCGCUUCUUCUCGACUGCCGGUGACCUGAGCAACAUUUUCUCGCGCGUUCGUAAGAACUCGGAGGAUGGCGAAGAAGGCGAAGCAGCACUGGAUGGUGUCCUUGGCCUCGGCCAAACUGCUGCUAGUGGAAGUGACGCGCCGUUCAAGCUCAGCUCUUUGUUUUCGUUCCCGGCUGGAACGGACAAACCGCUGGCUGCAAUGGGCGAGCAGCUUCUCGAAGACGAGCAGGAGGAGGAGGCAGCAACAUCGACAGGUACACACGACUCGGCUUUCUUGCAAGGGUUCCACCCGACCGAUACGGUUUACCACGAAGACGACGUUAUGGCCACAGACAGCGAAGCGGGUGAUGAUGCGGACGACGUGGAGCAGCCGCAGACUGCAUUGUCGAAAACGACGCGUGCAACAAAGAGCCUCGACGACUUUUUAGCGUUUGGCAGGACGUUCGUGGGUGGCGGUGACAUAGGCGACUGGCCCGAGCGUCGGAAGAAGCUCACGCUCGAUUACAGGCGAAAGCGGCGCGAUGCUGUCAAGAUGAAGAAGCGUCAAGUCAAAGCACAGGGUAAGGCGACCAAGACAAAGUCAGAGGCAAAGCUCACUGAGACAGCAACAGCGUCGAAAUGGAAGAAAGCCAGGGUCUAA